CUUUGAUUCUUCAUCGCACAAUAAUAAAAGAACUGGUUAAAACCUGUGAAAUUAUUUUUAAAACUAACAAAGGUUUUUGUUUACACACGCUACUUCCCGGUACACACAUUGUGUGAGUUCUACAGCGCUUAUAUUAAUCAGUUUGCGAAUGGCUGUUUCCGCUGCCCGUGGGAAGUUAAUUGCAGUAAUAGGAGAUGAAGACACGUGUACCGGGUUUCUGCUUAGUGGAACCGGGAGGUUGAUAAAAACCGACGACCUAAUUUCUUUGUUGUUGAUAAAAACACAUCUUUAAUUGAUGUUGAAGAUGUGUUUCGAACUUUUGUAGGACGGGAUGAUAUUGCUAUUAUCUUGAUCGUACAAAAUGUUGCCGAAAUGAUUCGUCAUCUUAUAGACUCUCACAAUGUCGCCAUACCGGCCAUAUUGGAAAUACCCAACCGUGACAUUCCGUACGAUGCUAGCAAAGACACUAUUUUAAAAGAGCAAAAGGCUUAUUUAGUGCUGAGGAUUUUCGUUAGCGCAUAUAAUAUAAACUUGAUCAUAGCUUUUCGUGCAUAAUAUGUUACUUUCUGAUUUGUUUAAUAUAUAUUUUCACUCACACUUCUUGUUCUGAAUGUUUCACACUGAAAUACUCCAAUGUGUGUAGCUUUUUUCAGAAAUGUCUGACUGCAAACCAGUAUCUUCAAAACUUGACCAAAAUGCAAAGGAGUUUGUACCACUGGCUGAUAUAAAGCAAAGAACUCUGUCAGAGAUGAAAACUGUGGUUGAGGAUAUUUUCAAUGUACCUCUAGGAGAGGUUCAAGCACACAUGAAAAAAAUUAAAGCAAUUGCAGAGCUUGAUGUACCACACGCAUCUCAUUUGGUUGGAGAAAUCCUUGCCGAGUUGACUACAAAAAAUGUUAAACGAGUCAGUCUGGGAUUUCGGUGUUUUAAAGAUGUACGAGCCUAUUUGCCUGAUACAAAGGGGAAUGGUUUGGAAGCUGGUGUCUUGAAAAGUGUUAAGUUGAUGACUCAAGAAGUUCUGUCUGGAAGUAUUUUGAAGUCUUUGAUGUUAAACUCAGAAAAUGUUUUGUCUGACUCCACUACAUCUUGUAGGAUGAGUGUGGAAUCCAGUGAUGUUCAAAAAGAACCAACGGACUUACCAAUUGAUCAUCUUUUUGGCCUGGUUGUGUUCCUCAGAUAUCUUAUUACUAAUCUAAACGCUUCUGAUGAUUGUGAAUCCUAUGUAUGUAUUCCACCCAUUGAACCCUGUAUAGACUUUUGUUUACUUGUGGAUGCCGUUUGCGAACUCCAACUUCAUUUUGUCAGAGUGAAAAACUCUGAAAUGAAUGAGACCGGCUUGUCUCUACUAGAUGCAUCGUGCGCUCUUUUAUCUGAAACCAGCUGGGAUAGCUUGUUGUAUCAAUUAUUUGAUGGUUUCUCUCACGGACUUAUGUAUUUCAAUUCCGCUUUAGCAAGUGUCAAUGUAAGAGUCCUUAAUGGUGCCUGGCAACGAACUUGUAGUUUGGAUGAUCGGGAGAAUGACCCGUAUCAGUCGUCCACAGAUUGCACAUCUGCAUCGUAUCUCUCAGUGUAAUAAAUAAAUGCCUAAGUGGGAUGCGCACACUACUAGUCGAAGAACAGUUACCGACGAAAACACUCCGUUCCACUGUUUUAGACCUGCUAAUGUACGCUUCCGAAAUGGCUGCUAUUCAAAACACCACUUGUCAAAAUUGGACGGAAUCAAACCAAGUAUAUGAAGAAAUCAAUUCGAAACUCAAUCUUUCUGAUGAAUCGUUAGGAGAAUUAGAUGGAGAACAAGCAGCUGAUUUUGAAGAUUUUCUAAUAGAAUCUGGGCAGUUAUCAAAAAAAUGACGUACUGUAAACUUUUCUAGUGUCAGUACUAUGUAUAUUGUCUUUCUUAGUGUACAAAUGUAAAAAAUCUUUUAGUCUCCCUAUCAUAAUUUGUCUAAUCGACUAUCUUGUGUGUUUAUUUCCAAGCAUUUAUCUUGCUACCUCUUAAUCUAAAUUGUAUUCUCGUCAACUUACUCUUUAUUAAUUGAUGUAUUACUUUAAGAAUAAAUGCUUUUAAAAAUUCGAUU